AUGACAAUUUCUAGGCUUGCCUUUCUACAAUCGUACUUGACUUACAUUCGACUUUCCAAAACUAUAGAACGAAAUCUUUUGUUUAUUGAAUCCCUUAAGCAAAAUAUGGGCUCAACUUCUGAAACAGCAAUCGAGGGCAAAAGAGUGACAAAGCCCCAAGAUCUUGUUCGGCCGUAUGAGAUCAUCAUUCAGAACUUACAUGAAAUGAAGCAACUGCCGGGGGUAGAAUCGGAUUCUAAUUUCCUUGAUGAAGCAGAAGCAAGUAUAUUAGCUUAUAAAGCUCAUAGGUGCUUUUAUAUAGCUGAAGUUUAUGCUGCUGCAAAUAAAUGGGUUGAAGCUAUAGCUUUGUAUGGGAGAUCAGAAGAAUAUUCUAAAAGUGCUUUGAAGAAUCCAGCUUUAAAAAACAAGAAAUUGAUUGGGCUACUUAAAGAACUGUUGACAAAAAUUGAAGGGAACAAGUAUAAUGCUUACUCUUUAAGUAUUUUAGGAAAUGAAGACAGCGUUCAACCCACUGAUAGUGCAACAAAAGGCAAAAAGAAUUUGAUGGACUUGAAAUCCAUUGGGGUUUCCCCGCGUAGGUUCGAAUCCUACCGGCUUAAAAAUAUUCAACAUAUGGUAGAUGACCAUUUGGAGAAAUAUCCUGAUGACUUCUUCUUCUUAUAG